UAAAUAAUUUACUCCAUAUAAUUUCCCACAGUACCAAGAGCACUCACGCUUUCCUGGUUACUCCUUGAACGACAAGAAAAAAAUUCAACAAAAAUGGCGGAUUCUGUAGCUCAGAAAAGGGUUCUUAUGCUAUGCGGUGAUUACGUAGAAGACUAUGAGGUGAUGGUACCAUUUCAGGCACUCAUAGCUUAUGGUGUUGCAGUUGAUGCUGUUUGCCCCGAUAAAAAAGCUGGGGAUGUUUGUCGCACUGCUAUUCAUCUACUUGGUUCUUAUCAGACUUACAUAGAAACACGAGGGCACAACUUCACCCUAAAUGCGACCUUUGAUGAGAUUGAUGCAAGCAUAUAUGAUGGUUUGAUCCUUCCAGGAGGUAGAGCUCCUGAAUAUCUGGCAAUGAAUGGAGCUGUUCUGCAUGUGGUACGCCAGUUUUCUUCAUCUGGAAAGCCCAUUGCAUCUAUAUGCCAUGGGCAGUUGAUCCUUGCUGCUGCCGACUGCAUCAAAGGUCGUAAAUGUACAGCUUUUCCUGGUGUGAAGCCUUUGGUCAUUGCAGCCGGUGGUCAUUGGGUUGAACCUGUGGAUCUGGGAGCUUGUGUAGUUGAUGGAAAUCUGAUAACAGGUGCUACGUAUCUUGGACAUCCUGAGUUUAUUCAACUGUUUGUGAAAGCUUUAGGAGGGCUCAUAAGUGGGUCAGAUAAAAGGAUCUUGUUCCUUUGUGGGGAUUUCAUGGAAGACUACGAGGUUAUGGUCCCAUUUCAAACCCUUCAAGCUCUAGGGUGCCAUGUUGAUGCGGUCUGUCCUAAGAAACAGAAAGGGGACACUUGUGCUACUGCUGUGCAUGAUUUUGAAGGUGACCAGACGUACAGUGAAAAGCCUGGGCAUGAUUUUACAUUGACCGCUGGCUUUGAUGGUAUAGAUGCCUCAAGUUAUGAUGGUCUUGUGAUUCCUGGAGGUAGGGCACCAGAGUACCUUGCUUUAGAUGAGAAUGUUCUCUCUAUAGUUAAAGGUUUCAUGCAAGCUGGAAAACCAGUUGCAUCGAUAUGCCACGGCCAACAAAUUUUGUCUGCAGCUGGUGUUCUUAAGGGGAAAAAGUGUACUGCAUACCCUGCGGUAAAGCUGAACGUGGUAUUAGCAGGGGCAACUUGGCUGGAGCCUGAGCCGAUAAAUCGUUGCUUCACUGAUGGGAACUUGGUGACAGGAGCUGCUUGGCCAGGCCAUCCUGAAUUCGUUUCACAAUUCAUGGCACUUCUUGGAAUUCAUGUAUCCUUCUAAACGGUUUUUGUCAUCCACAAGUACUCACUUUUGCCUGAAAUUUAUGUUACUUCUGAAUGAGUCUAAAGGUGUCUAAUUAUAUGGUAUGUGGUAAGUAAUGUGUUUUUGCAUGGCUGCAAGCAGGCUAUCGCCCAGGAUAUCAAACUUUUUAGGGUUAAAAAAUUUUAUUUUCAUGUAAAAGGUUAUUAUAUGAAUUACAUGUUUUGUACACUUAUCGAUGUACUAUUGGAGUCCUAAAUAUCUCCUGUUGUGCUCUUUUAAAAAAUUAUAAUAAAUUGAUAUUAAUAAAA